AUCCAGCACCCGUAUUUAGUAAUCGACCACUCACUAUUUCAAUACUCUCUCUUUCUCUCUCGUUGAACUUGUUUGAGAGUGCAGUUCUUUUAUUUGCCAAUUCACUCGCAUGCAGAGCAUCAAGUGCGUGGUGAUUGGCGAUGGCGCUGUCGGCAAGACGUGCAUGCUGAUUGCAUACACGACGAACGCCUUCCCCGGCGAGUACAUCCCCACGGUCUUUGACAACUACAGCGCGAAUGUGAUGGUUGAGAAUAUGCCGGUCAAUCUCGGAUUGUGGGAUACGGCUGGACAGGAGGACUACGACCGAUUGCGCCCGCUGAGCUACCCGGGAACGGACGUGUUUGUCCUCGCGUACUCAAUCAUCAGUCGCCACUCUUUUGCCAACCUGGAGAAGUGGCGCGCAGAGAUUCACCAUCACUGUCCUGGAGUCCCCGUUGUGCUGGUGGGAACAAAGCUCGACUUGGCCUCCUCGCACCGCCAAGUCCAGCCGCUCGAGGGCGAACACUACGCCAAGGUCGAGCUCCACGGCGCGCCAUUCAUUGAAUUCUCCUCGUUGACGCAGCAAAACCUCAAGCGCGCUUUCGACACCAUCAUCCUUGCCGGCAUCACGGGGCCAUCAAAGCCGCAAAAAGGCUCGUCCGGGUGUCUCCCUAGAAUUCUAUGUUGCCGCAACGACGACGGCUUGGACUCUUCGACGGACAAUUCUUCUGCAGCGCCCGCAAAGAAAGAGUCAAAUCCGGAGGACGACGGUCGCCACAUUGUUGCCGGCCACCAUGUCAAUUCUGUGUGGUGCUUGGAGGAGGUUCAAGGCCUGCUGUUCUCUGGAUCACGCGACACGGCCAUUCGCGUGUGGGACGUCGAGACGGCCGAGUGUUUGGCCGUCUUCACGACGCACACGCAGCAAGUCUACCAAGUGCGCCACACCCAUGUUCCCGCGUCCAUCCUCCAGACGCUCGCCCAUCAGACAGUGCCGCCAGACACUGGGAUGGCCACCGUCGCGCACGUCCUCGCCAGUCCCUCGCUGUCACGCCAUGUCGGCCGCGACCGUGGCGUCUUGCUGUCCUGCUCGACAGACGCCACUGUGAAUGUCUGGGACUUGAAUCGCUUUGGGCUGCUGCACACCUUGAGACACUCUGACUCGAUCAACGACGUCCGGCCGCUCCCGCAGUCGCACCUGGUGUUUUGCGGGUCCACCAACAAGACCGUCACAUCGUGGAACUUUAUCACUGGAACCAAGCUGCGUGUGUACUCUGGAGGCGGCGGCAUCAUCAACUGCCUCGCAGUCUUGCCUCGCUCCUCCACCGACAGCAAGCAGCAACAGCAAGGGCCGCAGCCGAACGACGGCCAUGGAUUUGUCGUGGCUGGCUGCUCUGACAGCAAGCUGCUGGUCUGGGAGAUUGAAUCUGGCAAGCUCUUGCACACGCUUGCCGAAGCGCAUGUCGGAUCUGUCAACUAUAUCUGUCUGAACCAGCCUACUUCUACGAGUACGAGUGCCACCACCAGUGAGAGCGAAAGCUUUACCAUUGUCAGCGGCGAUGGCGCUGGUGGACUGGCCAGCUACAAUGUCAAGACGGGUGCGCUUCUUUGCAAGAGUCGGGAGCACACGGAUGCCAUCAACUACCUGGAUGUUCGAAAUGGCCUGAUUGCCACAGCCUCGCGCGAUCAGUCCGUCCGCGUGUUGUCGGCCAACUCCUUUCCAAACAACGCAGGCCGCGUCAUUAUUCGUGGCUACGACGCCAGCGUCCGUGCCGUGAGCCUUUCCGAGGAUGGUCGCCACGUCAUCCACGCAGGCAAGGACGCUCGAAUCCGCUGCUCGAGCACGACUACGGGCAAGCUCGAGUGGGAGUACGACGGUCACACGGACUUUAUCAACCGCAUCAUGGUACGCGGGGACGCGGUCUUUACGGGCGGUCGCGACGGCACCAUCCGACAAUGGUCCAUUGCGCAGCAUCCAGGACGCCUCAUUCGUGUGUACUCGACGCGGAUGGAGCGCUUCCAGCAAGAGACGCUUCCGCGAGCAUCAGCGCUCGUCGCGUUUGCGUUGCUGCUGGUCAACUUUUUCCAGCUCGUGUCGAUGCCCUUCACAGUCACUCUACCGUGGGCCAACAGUCACGUUUUCAACACCAUUGCCAUCCCGCUUCAGCUCGAAAUCAGUGACUUUGUCUCGGUCAAGUACGCGGCUUACUUUUUCUCCACCGUGGCGCUGGUCUGGUCGUGUGUGGCCCUGAUGAUGCUGGCGUAUCGCUGGCAUCCCUAUGCCACGCAACUCCGCACACUGCAAGGCCAGCUGUGGAGCUUUGCUUCGUUACUGGUGUGGGGUGUCAGCUCGUUCAUGUACAUUCCGUUCUUGCGAGUCCUGCUCAACGUGUUUGCAUGCUCGGACAAUGUUUCCGGGGUGUCUGUGCUGACGCGAGAGCCUUCUGUCGAAUGCUGGAGCAGCGGCUACCACCAAGCCCUCGUUGCGGUGUCUGUCGCUACGUUGAUUGGCUUUUUGACCAUGAUGAUGCGUCUGGUGUAUGUGGGAGGCAGCCUUUCGGAGGUUGCCGUCUACUUUUGGUUUAAUUGGCGGUUUGACCGGCCUGAUUUGCGCAAGAUUCACUGGAUGAGCGUCAAGUCGGCCGCCACGGCGCGUACGGACGCAUUCAUCAAGGCAAUGAUGGUCGUUGCAACAACCGUGCUUUCCUCGCCGCUGGGCGACGACGGUGUCAGUAUCAUGCUGUCCCUGCUCACCCUGCCAGUGCUUCUCGCCAUGCUUGCAUUUCCCAUCUACCACAACGCGCUAGUUUGCUGCUUUGCGUGCGGCCUGGCUGCCGUGGUGCUGUGGACGAAUCUGUUUUCUCUGGUGGUGACGCACAACUAUGCCGGGCUGAUGGUCGGCACGCUUGUGCACCUUGCACUCAUCCCAACCGCCUUUGCGAUCGGAUUUGCCCUCAUGUACUGGCGUCAAGGAAGCGCGGCCCAACACGACAUCCGAUCAGCUGCUGGGUUUAGCAAGCGCAUGAAAGAGAAUGCACUCUCGCUGAAACGCCGCGGCUUUGGCACUCUCGGCAGGAAAGGUCGCAAGAAGACAACGACUAGUGAUGUGAAUGGCGGUGACGACGAGGAUGACGAUCAUCCACACACCAGCCUUCAGAUGCCGAGUGUGAACAAGCAGCAGCAGCAGCAAACAUCUUCGGCGGCAGACUCCGACCCUUCCAUGUUCGAUGAGGGCCAGAUGGACUUGGAAGUCUCUCGGGUGCGCGCCGAAACUCUGCGCCUCAAGACGGUGCGUGGCGCCAAGGGCGAGGCCGCUGGAAAGGAUGUCAGCCAAUCCAUUCUUUGCGACAUUUGCGCCUCGCACGUGCCGGCAUUCUGGUGGGACAACCACAUUUCUUCCGUCAAGCACCUUGAAAACCAGCAACGAGCCAUGGCCGCCAUUGAUGAUGGGGUCUUUGCGGAUGCCCAGAUGAGCAACCCCGCUGCCAUGUUGGCGGAGGCGGGCUACUCGACGCCUCUUUCGUCUCCGUUGCCAGUCGAUGACGAGAUUGGUCAGAUUGGCAUCACCGUGGAAGACCAGGGUCCGUCAGAUGCUGCCGAUGCAUCAGUUUGGGUGGCAGAGUGAGUGAGGGGAUGGCCUCCUUUGUUGAAACGUGUUUGCAGCGAUCAGACGUAAAAGAUUCAUUUGUACACUACAGCAAACAAUUAGACAAUGUA